AAAUUGCAAAAUUAGUAAAGUUACCAUCGACUGUAGAGCACAACCAAGCAGCAAUCUCGUCAUCCUCACCAACCGCCGCUCACUCCUCAACAUUCGGAACGCCAGAAUCUGCUUCUCCUUUUAUUCAAGAGCCAAACAUGGCCGAAGGUAAGAGUGGAUUGGCCAAGUCGACGGCGACUCCGUAUGAGGAGGCUUUGGAUGCUCUAUCCUCCUUGAUCAUGAAACGGAGCCGCGCCGAUAAGAGCAACAAGGGAGAUCGGUUUGACUUGCUUUACGACUAUUUGAAGAUUCUGGAUUUGGAUGAGGCGAUUUCACAGAUGAAGAUUAUCCAUGUCGCCGGCACCAAAGGGAAGGGAUCAACUUGUACCUUCACGGAAGCUAUAUUACGUAAUUGUGGCUUUCACACUGGACUUUUCACUUCUCCUCACCUUAUUGAUGUCCGGGAAAGAUUUCGUUUAGAUGGUGUGGACAUAUCUGAGGAGAAAUUUUUGGCUUAUUUUUGGUGGUGUUACGAUAGGUUAAAGGAAAAAGCCAGUGAUGAUAUACCAAUGCCUACAUACUUUCGCUUCCUUGCCUUGCUUGCCUUCAAAAUAUUUGCAGGAGAGCAGGUUGAUGUUGCUGUCUUGGAGGUUGGUUUAGGUGGGAAGUUUGAUGCCACGAAUGUGGUUCAGACACCUACAGUGUGUGGUAUAUCUUCCCUUGGGUAUGACCACAUGGAGAUUCUUGGAAACACUCUUGGAGAAAUUGCUGGGGAGAAGGCUGGUAUUUUUAAGCACGGAGUUCCAGCUUUUACUGUGCCUCAACCAGAUGAAGCAAUGUGUGUUCUUGAAGAUAAGGCUUCCAAGUUGGAUGUACAUGUUCAAGUUGCACAGCCUUUAGAUAAAAGCUUGCUUAAUGGUCUGAAGCUUUCACUUGAAGGUGAGCACCAAUAUGUUAAUGCUGGUCUUGCCAUUGCAUUAUCUUCUACAUGGCUUCAGAGGACUGGUCAUCUUGAGACUGCCUAUUUUAACCAGACAAGUUCAUUGCCUGAGCAGUUCAUCAAAGGCUUAACAACAGCCAAUUUGCAAGGACGAGCUCAGACUGUCCCUGAUAGACUUGCUAGCAUGGAAUGUUCCAGAGAUCUGGUGUUUUAUCUUGAUGGAGCCCAUAGUCCUGAAAGCAUGGAAGCAUGUGCAAGAUGGUUUUCUCUUGCCAGUAAUGAAGGAAAUCUACAAAACAUGCUGAAUAGUGAGGCAUGUGUCUAUUUCAAGAAGGCACUCUUUGUUCCAAACAUAUCAGUCUAUUACAAGGUUGGAUCACAUGCUUUACCACCAUCCGAUUCUCAAGUUGAUUUGUCAUGGCAAUUUACUCUUCAGAAGGUGUGGGAAAACCUGAUGCAAGGCAGUAAAGGAGAUGAAGCAAAGAAUGCAGACAAAGCUGAAGAAUUUAAAGAUGAUACGGGAGUGAGUGUUCAAAGUUGCAAAUAUAGUGCUGUCUUCUCUUCACUUCCGUUAGCUAUCAAAUGGCUCAGGGACAGUGCCCAGAAGAACAGUUCUAACGUUUUCAGGUAAUGCCCUCUUUAAUGAUGAACAAAUAUACUAGAAAUUUUGUAACUUGCUCCCUCACUUUUCAUCAAUAUUUGCUUUCUAAAACAGAUGACUAAGAAUGAAUAUCUGAAACUCUC